AUGGGGCCACCUGCGGCUGGGGCGGUCCUCGCAGUCCAGCUGGCGUGGACGACUGCUGUCCUCCUGUUGGCUGCUGGCUCCUCGUUCGAAGCUGAGCAGGCUGAGCUGCUGCCCGGCACACGAAUCCGCCUGAGCUGCCCAAAAUGCAGCACUGUCUCCGAGGUCACCAUCCCGCGCGACCACGGCGACUGCAGCGCGGCGGCCGGCAAGAGACACUUUUAUGUCCGCUGCCCGCAGUGCCGCGAGGAGCCGCCCGGACGGCCAUCGUGCGAGGAGGCGUAUGAGCAAGCGAUGGCGCGCGUGCAGGGCAGGGGCUCCUUCCGGCCGCGCUGGCGGCCGGGUGACGCCGUGGAGGUCGCGUGGAGAGGGAAGGGGUUCGAGGGCUCGUGGACGGCGGCAGAGGUGCUCGUGCUGGAUGGGCCACGCCACGCGAUGGUCCGCUUCGCCGAGUUUGUGGACGAGGUUGGCUCGCGGCUCGUGGAGAGGCUCGAGUUGGAGAGGUUGCGGCUGGUCCCGCCGCCACACGUGGGGGAGCGGGUGGAGGGCUUGUGGAAUGACUGCUGGUGGGAGGGGUGCGUGCGCGAGCUCGACGCGCUCAAGGGCGUCCUGUUCGAGUACGACCGGUACGCCAACUGGUCCUGGCUGCCGUUGCGCGCCGUGCGGCCGAGGCCGCCGCUCUGGUCGUACUACCCUGAGAGGCAGCCUCUCAGCGGCGAGGAGGAGGAGGGGGCCUAG